AUGGACACAUGGCUCAAAACAGGGCGAUUAUUAUCAGUAGAGAAGGCUGGUUUAACAUCUACAUGUAAAAGUCACACUUCGUCUAUUCCAUCGGAAAACUCGACUUCUCACUGUGAAGCUGCUCCUCUCCAAAAAGCCACUAUCGAAAAUGAAGCAUCUCUAUCUAAGGAAUACACUCAAAUCAAUUGUUCAAAAGUUAAAAAAAGACGAUAUGAUGAAGAAUAUUUAUCUUUUGGAUUUAUUCCUAUUGGAAUUGACACGUUUCCUGAUGUGAGGUGCGUAGUUUGUGAGAAAGUUCUCAGUAACAGUUCUUUGGCUUCUGCGAAGCUAAAGCGAUAUUUGGAAUCUAACCAUCCAAAUCUGAAGUGGAAAUGUCCGGAUUUCUUUAGAAUGAAGAAAGACAUUUCAAUUGAAAGUGCGACUUCUCUUACUAUCUAUGUAAAAGACGAAAAUGAGAAAAACACAGAGGCUUCAUUUAAAUUGAGUUAUAAUAUUGCACGUGCCGGAAAACCUCACACCAUUGCCGAAAGUUUGAUUAAACCUAGUAUGAUAGAAGUGGUCUCUUGUAUUCUCGGAGAUGAUGCGGGAAGAAAAGUUGCAGCAGUGCAGUGCUCAAACAAUACCAUUUCUGAUCGAAUUCAUAACAUUUCUGAUCACAUUGAAAAUGAAUUUGUUUUUAGAUUAAUUAACUGUAACCAAUUUUCCUUACAAAUGGACGAAAGCACCGAUGUUUCUGGGUUAAUUGUUUUUGCUAGAUAUGCUCAUGAGAAAACCAUUCAAGAAGGAUUGCUUAUUUGUGAAAAAGACAUAAGUAAUCCGAUCACAAGAAAAAUUCGUACCCUACAAUAUGAAAAACUUCUGCAAUACCUCAGGGACUUCAAGGACAGUGAUUCAUCUUCAGAUCCAUCAUUAGAAGACAUUUUACAAAAAUUACGGCCAACAAUUUUUCUAAAACGUACAAUAAAACAACGAAUGGUUUCUGGAUUCAAUGAAGAAUUAUUUCCGUUAUGGCAAUCUAACAUGGAUAUACAGUUCAUAUUGGACGUUUAUUCUUGUGUUAGAUAUGUAAUCGAGUAUAUUGGAAAAAGCCAACGUGGAAUAUCAAAACUAAUGAGAGACAUUGUCGAAAAUCUUAAGUCUUUAAGUCUUCUACUGAUUUAUCGGUUAAAGAACAACUGA